AUGUUAGAAACUUUGGCAACGGAAGUCGAAGGGCAAGAUUGGUCACAUUGUCGUCCUUAUUCCGAAAUUCCAGGACCAAGACCCAUUCCAUUUUUUGGCAACACAUGGCGAUUUAUACCUUUCAUAGGUGACUUUAAAAUUCAGGCAGUGGAUCAAGUGUCGAAGAGGUUGUACGAAGAAUACGGGGAUAUCGUCAAAAUCGAGGGCUUAUUAGGCAGACCGGAUAUGGUUUUCAUUUACGACGCAAAUGAAAUCGAGCGAAUCUUUAGGCAGGAAGAAAAAAUGCCUUACAGGCCUUCUAUGCCUUCGUUAAAUUAUUAUAAGCAUGUACUUAAAAAAGAAUUCUUUAACGAAAAUGCCGGUGUAAUAGCUGUGCAUGGCGAAAGUUGGUACAAUUUCCGCAGUAAAGUGCAAAAGGUAAUGUUACAACCGCAAACUGCAAGAAUGUACAUUAACUCUAUCGAGGAAGCGAGUACCGCGUUCCUUAGAAGAAUUAGAAAAAUACGGGACGAGAAUGACGAAGUACCGGACGAUUUUCUCAACGAGGUUCACAAAUGGUCUUUGGAAUCAAUCGCAAGCAUAGCCUUGGACGUUCGACUGGGAUGCUUGGAUGACGACGCUAAUGUCGAAACCCAGCAAUUAAUAGAUGCUGUUACUACAUUUUUCAAGAAUGUAGGCGUAUUGGAAUUAAAGAUACCUUUCUGGAAAUUAUUCAGUACACCUACAUGGAAAAAAUACGUGAAUGCUCUGGAUACUAUCGUCAGGAUAACAUCAAUGUACACGGCAGCCGCUCUUUCAAGGAUACAAACGACGAAAGACUCUGGCAAGGAAGCAUCGCUCUUGGAAAGAAUUUUAGCCUUAGAAAAUGAUACCAAAUUAGCCACCGUACUUUCUCUUGAUUUAUUUUUAGUCGGGAUUGAUACUACAUCCAGUGCAGUGGCAUCGACACUAUAUCAGCUAGCUCUGCAUCCUGACAAGCAAAGCCUUGCUUACAAUGAAGUAUGUAAAGUUCUUCCAAAGAAAGGCGAGAGGCUCGAAGGAAAGCACUUGGAUCAGUUGAAAUAUUUGAAGGCUUGCAUUAAAGAAACUUUAAGGAUGUAUCCGGUAGUUAUUGGCAAUGGACGUUGCAUGACCAAAGACACAGUAAUCAGAGGCUAUCGUGUUCCUAAAGGCGUACAAGUUGUAUUCCAGCAUUACGUGAUAUGUAAUCUUGAUAAGUACUUUCCCCGAAGCAAGGAAUUCGUUCCAGAAAGAUGGUUGCACAGUGACGGGGUACGUCAUAGUUUUGCAUCGCUUCCUUUCGGCUACGGGAGAAGAAUGUGUCUUGGUCGUCGUUUUGCUGAGCUUGAAAUGCUCAUCGUUAUUAGCAAGAUUUUGCAAUACUACAAGAUAGAAUAUCAUCACGAGAAACUAGAGUAUUAUAUCAAUCCUAUGUACACGCCGAAAGGACCACUGAACUUGAAAUUCAUCGACAGAUAGUAGCAUCUUCCACGG